UUGUUCGUCUUCGGAUGUGGGGUCUUCGUCGGGGCUGACUCAGUCGGUGAAGAGAGUUCAAGUCAAUGAAUUUUUCGAUGUGCAGACUACCAAAAAAUCAAAUAUGUCUUCUGAAUCUGUAAGUAUUGUGUCACUAAUAUGAUAAGUUAUGAUGCGAGUUUUGGUAUAACCCAUUAUUAUUAUAAGGCCACAAUCACGUUAUCCAGUUCGAACGAGAAUACGUUGGUGGACGAUAUCGUUGUCGAUGAAGCCUUCAACGAUAGUAAUCCGGUUGCAGCUAAUUAUCGUACUUUUUCAUAAUUAUUUUUAGUUAAACCAUAAGAUAUUAGUCCAACAUGAUAAUCGUUAUUACAAAAUAGGCGACAAUUGUAAUAACCCAAAGAAAUCCAGAUUCGAGUUUGAUGAUAAAGGACGCAGGCGUCAGUUAUGCAUUACAGAAAACUGUAAAACAAGGGUUUCUGUUAAAGGAUUAACUUGCGCUCAGUGUACGAAAAACGUAAUUAUCAAUGUGUUCCCUGAGGGAAUGCCUGUGGGAACAAUAAGUAUCCCACAAAAUGGAAAAAAAUAUAUUGCAUGCAAAAGCGCCAAAAAUCGUAAUGGAAUCCAUUGGAGUCCGAUAUGCAUGAAUCUAGAUUGUACCACUCAUGUUCAAACCCCUGGUGAUAUGUGUGCAUGCAUUUCUGGAAAGAGUAGGAGAGUUUUCCCCAAAACUGCAGAGAUUGGGGAUAUCUUCCGAGACAAUAAUGAUGUCCUCUGGGUUCCAUUCUGGUACAACAGAUUACUUAGAUGGCGCCCAAAAUGUUCAACCCCCGAUUGUGUAACAAUGGUCAUUAAAGAAGGAAGUGCGUGCAGAUGGUGCAAAUGCGGAAUGAAACGAAUCAUCCACCCGAAAAAUCCGUACAUAGGCAUGACCUUCAUUGACGAAGAUACUGGCGUCACAUAUAGAUAUGACCCUGGCGAACAAUGGCAUGCGUUGUGUGCAGUAUGUGACAACAUUAGCGUAUUCCUAGGGUAUUGUAGAGGACAUGCACACGAAAAUGGGAUCGGUGUGUUCGAAAAGAAUGCUACCGGGGUAUGGCUUAUGAACUUAAUUUCACCUGGUGGAUAUGAAGUUGGCGUGUAUGGAGGAUUCUCCAAAUUGUCAAAUCCAAAACAUGCAGCCCAACAGCAAGUUACUAGAGAUGGAUGCACGACAAGGCAUUUAACUCGUCAAGGGUUUAAACCAGACAUUGAGAAUGCCUUUGUUCUCCAUGUUGGUUCUUCAGAAAACCGAUUUCAAAGGAAAUUCUAUGCCCGUGAUAAGCUCGGAGCCAUAUGUACAUUUCACAGACCCCAAAAACAAAAUGUACUGUCUCCACAAGAAAUGGAUGAGAUUGAUGUCGCUAUUGAGAACAAUCUCCAAAACAUUCCAGACAUCACUUUGUUUGGUAUGAACAAAAUGGAUUUUUGGCAAAAUAGACCAAAGUUUCAAGGCCAUUAUCGUAAACGACGUAUUACACUCACGGAGGAGGAAUACCAGAAAGUCGUGAAAGAAGUUGAAGACAAACUCCGCGAGAGUGCAUGGGAAACGAUGAUGGAGCAAGAUAAAGAUGCCGAUGAAUGAGAAAAUCGCUGGUCCCACCAGUGAAAUGUCAAUACCCCUAAAUGAAAGAUUUGACCUUCCCAUUUCUACUAUAUACACCAAUUUGUACAAUUGCAUUAAUGAUCUCUUAUAUGAUAUCUUAUAUUUUAAUUUAUAUUCAAUUUCAUAGUCAGUAGUCAAUU